AAAGAGAUGGCCCGAAAGAUGAGAGUAUGGGUCAAAAAGGACCUGAUGUACGGCUUGUAGAUAUAUUUGAUGGAAAAUCGAGUGGUAGUCUGGAAUAUCUUAUGGUCAAAUUAGUAGAUAAUGAAGGUGGUGGUCAAAGAGAUAAUUUUAAUAAUAUAAAGAAUUUGGGUAAAUGA